AUGGGUAUACCCAUGGCCAACAAUCUGCAUGCCCCGACUGUAUCCUCCGGAUCUAUGUCCGGAGGGGUUCCCCACGAUCUCUCGAAGCUAUCGAUGAACGACCUGAUGAAACACAAGGAACGAAUCGAAGAAGAACUAUCAGCUCUUAGCAGUGUGCUUGGAUCUCACGGUGUUAAUAUGAGCACCUCGCUAACGACAUUUGACGGCUUUCCGCGGGAUGAUAUCGAUGUUGCACAAAUUCGUACCAUCCGAGCACAAAUAAUUCGACUUCGUUACGAUCAUAAAGAGGUCAUGACCGAGAUUGAGAAAGGCAUUCAUUCUCAUUUCGCCGGGCUUCAGAGCGCAACGAACAACACACUCCCCACCAGAACUACAAACGGCUCCGUUCCUUUGUCUUCCGAAGCUACUUCAUCAGCGGCCGAUACGAGUGGGUUAACACCAUUUGCGAAGGUAAACACUGUUGUGGCCGGAAGUCCUGCUAGCCAGGCCGGGUUGCAAGCUGGUGAUUCUAUCUGCAGCUUUGGCAAUAUUAAUUGGCUCAACCAUGAGCGCCUCUCCAAGGUGGCAGAGGUGGUUCAACAGAACGAAGGAGUAAGUGACUGUCUCCCUGCAGUGGGCUUGCCAUCUAGUGCGAGCCAACAAGUAUACGCCCAGCUGACUGGUAUCGUUCAGCGCACAAUCAUAGUGAAAAUUUCACGAACCGAUGCAACUCCCGGAAAUACCACAAAUUUGGACCUGCAACUUGUGCCACGUCGCGAUUGGGGCGGUCGUGGGCUGUUGGGUUGCCAUCUUCUGCCCAUCUAG